ACAAACGAUUAACACCAACAUGCACUGAGGGUUCUUUCGACCGUUAUGGAGCUUCGCGCGGAACUACUAAAGUCAAUCUGGCAUGCCUUCACCUCGCUAGACGUGGGAGAGAGCGGCAAAGUGUCUAAGUCCCAGCUAAAGGUCCUCUCCCACAACCUAUGUACCGCCCUGUGCAUCACCCAUGACAAGCAGGCUCUGGAGCUGCACUUCAGGGACGAUGAUGACGGGCCUGUCUCAAGUCAAGGCUACAUGCCCUACCUCAACACCUACAUCCUAGACAAGGCUGUGGAAGGGACAUUCAAGAAGGAGGAGGUCGACAGGCUCUGCUGGACGCUUUGCUCUACAAAGAACUACCAUCCUGAGAAACAUGGCUCCAGCGCUUUAUCUAAGAAUGAUGCCUUCCACCUCUGGUGUCUAUUUAACUUCCUGUCUGAGGACAAGUACCCUCUGGUGUUGGUCCCUGAGGAGGUGGAGUACCUGAUAAAGAAGAUCUGCUCGGCCAUGAGUGUGGAGCUGAGCUGUGUCGACAUCGAGGACUUCAUUUGCCAGAAUGACAUGCAGAGUGGCGUCAAUGUUUGGGCCUUCCUGGAUCUGAUUAAUUCUGGAGUUGUCACAAGAGGCGUUGAUAGAGAAUCCAUUACCAUGGCGAUUGAAGAGGUCUAUGGCGAGAUAGUGGGCAAUACUUUGAAAGAGGGAUACUUGUGGAAGAAGGGCCAUCUUCGUCGAAACUGGACAGAGCGAUGGUUUUCGCUGAAGGUGAGCUCACUGUCCUACUACACCAGUGAGGACCGCAAAGAGUGUAAAGGUGUCAUCGAGCUGGACCAAAACUGCUGUGUAGAGGUGCUGCCAGACAGGGAGGGAAAGAGAUGUAUGUUUUGUGUCAAGACACUCUCCAAAACCUAUGAGAUGAGCGCACCUGACACCAAACAGAGGCAAGAGUGGACCACAGCCAUUCAGACAGCCAUCCGUCUGUGUGUGGAGGGGAAGACCUCCCUGCACCGGGAGCUGAAACUGCGGCGGCGUGACCAGCGCGAGGAACGCGAGAGGAGACGCGCGACCAAAGAGGAGGAGCUGCGGCGCCUGCGCCUCCUCCAGGACGAGCGGGAGCAGCGGCUGGUGGAGCUGGAGCUCCUGCAGGAGGCGCAACGGCAGGCCCAGGCCACGCUGGAGCAGGAGGAGCAGAAGAGGCGCCUGCAGCACGAGCAGCUGCAGAGGGCCCUGCAGGAGCAGCUACAGGAGGCCGAGGAGGCUCGGGCAAACAUGCAGGCGGAGAUGGCCGCUAAGGAGGCAGAGGCGGAGCGUCAGCAGCGGCGGAUCCGUGAGCUGGAGGCCAUGCAGGUCCAGCUGGAGGAGGCGCUGCAGCUGGAGAUCAGAGCCCGGCAGGACGAGGAGGCCUGCCGCAAGACACAGGCCCGACUGCUGGCUGAGGAAGAGGAUAAGAUGAAGGCCUUGCUGACCCUCCAGGAGGAGCAGGAGGACUUUAUUCUCCGUACCCAGCGAGAGAAGCAGGAGCUCAGGCAGGAGAUGGAGAACAAGUCCAAGGCUUUGGAGGAGGCCCAGCAGCAGCUGGAGAAAGUCAGGGCUAGCCGCCACAGAGUGGAUCAGGACAUUGCGGCUGCCCAGAGGAAACUACGCCAGGCCAGCACCAGUGUCAAGCACUGGAACAUCCAGAUGAACAGACUCAUGCAUCCCAUCGGACCUGGAGGUGUGUGUGUAGAAAGAAGAGCCUCUAUCGGGGGAACUCCCACCACGCCGACACGUCUGCCAUCCCUCAGGGACUCGGGGCUGCGUCUGUCAUUGAAGUGCGCCGAUAAAGAGGACAGAAAAGAGUCGCAGACGGGUGCUUAUAGCAACAGCAGGCCUGUGGAGGAGAGUGACGCCUCUGGCGACGACACAGGAAUUCCUAUGCAAACCUCCAAUGGGAGUAUAGAGUCUGCCAACUGACCAGAUUGGCCUUUAUGUACUGUAUAGUGACUUUUUUUAUCUGUUGUUAUAUAUAUUUUUUAGUUAAACAGAGUUUUUUUUGUUGGAGGUUAUAUGGUCGGUCAGUAGACAAUGAUGUACAGAACAAAAUCAUGUUUCCUCUCUAGUUUGAAGAUUUAUUUUGAUUAUUAAUUUGAGUCAUGAGGUGGUGUUUAUUUACAUGGCAAAUUAAACGGUUUAUCAAGUUUGAAUGUAAUAUCGUGUAGUUGACAAGAAAAAUGUAGUUAAACUGCUUAAAGAAAGAUGAGACGCCUUAAUGUCACACUGUGCAUGAACAUUUCCUGUGUUGUUUCCUGUUCAAUGAAAAGACACAGAUAAUGAAGACGUGACAGUCUCAUUUAGACAAAAGAGUAUGCAUUCCAGCAAAGUCUUCAGAAGCAUGGAGAAUGAUCACUGAGUUUUCCAAUGAAAUGCUGCGACAUGCACAGAGAUUAAUGGUGAAUUAGAAGAUAUGUGUUGUAGGCCUAAAUUAAUCCAAUCAGGUUUGCAAAAAACACACCAGCUGUGCCAAAUGGAAAACCUGAAUUAAUGAUGCAUUGUGGACUGUUAAUCUGAUAAGAAUGUGUUAGAGUGUUAAUAUGGCAUGUACUGUAAGUGCUAUCAAAUAUGACACAUUUGUUGUUCUUGUUUUUUUUUUUUUUUUUAACAACCUCGUUCCAGGAUGUGCUGAAUUAUUUUACCGUCCUGAAUUACACCUACACAUGCCUAAUUUGAAAUAAAGAUGAACAAAUUCUGACAUUUUAA